AUGUCAAGUUGGACUUGUGGACGCACGCUUUCCAAAGAACAGCGAGUGCGGAAGAGAGAAAAAGACAGAUUGACGAAACGUCAGCGAAAACAGGCUGAACAGCUUUCGUCGUUGAUGAUCCAGACGGAACUCUCCAGCCUGCGAAGCUCACUAGACCACGCUGUACGGGUUAUCAUGCGCAGAGGAUCGUCUGCCGAAGUACCCGAGGACUUUGGCGCCCCGGUCCCAACAGUACCACCGUCAUCACAACAUUCAUGGCAGUUAUUCCGUAAUACAGAUAUAUCCCACCCCCAGCCGAACUCGAUCUCCAAGCCUGCUGAAACUAUGAUCACCCCGGACGCAAUUUUACAAGUCGACGAGCUCUCUUCUCAAAAUGGGGGCCACACUUCGCCGCAUGGAGGAGGCAAUGCAAGGCCUGCGGGGUGUGACAAUUUGUUUUUUGAAUUUCUCAAUGAAACUAGUACCUCAUUGCUUCAGCAGUUCAACGAGGCUUUUGGGCGUGUCUACAGCAUCAGCAGAGAUGAGGUGUGUGUAGAUGAGCAACUGAACCAGGACGCCCUGAUAUCCGGCGUCCUGAAAGGAUGGGACAGCUUACAAUCCCGAAGCCGGCGGUGCCCGGUUUGGGACGUCCUUCGCACCAUAGACGAGGGCCUUUUUCUCCUCAGUGACAUUUUGAACAGAUUGUGCAUGUUACGCGCGGUACAUUUCAUGAUCCUGGUUUUUGUUGGAGCUUGGACUUUCAAUGACGUUCCACCAUGGUAUCGACCUCGGCCCGGGAUUCGAGAACGACUGACCUUCUCCGGUAGCGAAAUUCUCAACAACAAAUUCUGGAGAUAUUUUGCGCUUUCUUUCCGGCUCCACUGGCCUGAUGAUAGACAUGAGGCUUAUUGCCUUGGAGAUGAUGGCCAAUAUCGCUUCUCGGGUUUAUUCGAGAAGAAGUUCCGGGACAUUGGUUCAUGGACAAUGAAUCUGGAAUUCUUCGAUGCAUUCCCUGAAAUGUACGACGACAUUAUACCCUCUACCGCAGUUCCACUAGGUAUUAGCCCAACCAUCAAUUACAGUGAGCUCUGCACGAUGCUAGGCCAUGACAGCGCAAACCAUAACAACGAAAAGGAGAAGAUGAAGGAAGUCGCAUUCUAUACCCAGGAGGAGCUCCACUAA